AUGGCGGUAAGCAGUUUUAUAGAUAUGUUUAGGCGUGGCCUGGGGCCCGCCGAGUCCAGCCAGGCCGCUUAUGAACCGAACAAGGGGAAGCUUCAGAGUCGCAUGGCCGACGUUAUUCAACGGACUUUUGACCUUGGUUUCACGUCCUUCGGCGGUCCACCAGUGCAUUUUAGAACUCUUCACCGGCGAUUCGUAUCAGACGCCGGGAGGAGAGUACCAUGGGUUGAUGAGCAAACGUACCAGGAGCUCUUUGCGAUAAGUCAGGCGCUUCCUGGGCCUGGGAGUACAAAGAUGCUCUUCUGCAUAACAAUGAUACAUGCAGGCUUUCUCCCUGCAGUGGUCGCUUUCUUCCUAUGGACCCUUCCAGGUGCUAUUGGAAUGUUCGGUCUCGUUCUUGGAGUUGCAAAACUUGACCAGAACCUUCCGACCAUAGUAUAUGCUUUCCUUUCGGGAUUGAAUGCUUCGACCGUUGGUAUCAUUGCUCUCGCAGCAGUACAGUUAGCGGAGAAGUCUAUUCAAGAUAAAGUAACCAGAAUACUGGUUAUAUUUGGCGGAUCGGCUGGCCUGUGCUACCAAGCCAUAUGGUAUUUUCCGAUCCUUAUAUUGAUUGGUGGUUGCACGACCGCAGUAUGGGAUCUGAUCGCUCAACCAUACAUCACAAAGUUGAGAGAUAAACUUCGUCAAAGGCGCUCGAAUUCCUCGGGUGACGCUGAGGCGGGCAUUGAUCAUGUGGGGGUCCAAUUAAACCUUCCUAAUCAGUCUUUAGCACUUCAGCGGCGCCGCAUUCUAGCCGGAAGCACGCAAGAGCCCCAGGUUGAUCUCCCCCAGCUUCGACGUUCAGAUAGUUCAACCAUAAUACCUGAUAGCCCUAGUACUCUCGUGGGCUCGGAUUCAAAUCAGCCGAUGGACACACACUCUCAUUCUCUGCAUAUGAAAUGGGGUAUCCUGAUCAUCGUCCUCUUCUUUGCAAGUUUCGUUGCGAUAUUGGUUGUGCGCGAAGGUAUGGAGAAGCCCAUGCUCGACCUUGACCUCUUUUCCAACUUGUAUCUUGCCGGAACGGUGAUAUUUGGCGGCGGCCCAGUUGUCAUCCCUUUACUUCGUGAGUAUGUUGUCGGGCCUGGCUGGGUCUCUCCACGAGACUUCCUCAUCGGCCUAGCCCUUAUCCAGGCCUUCCCUGGGCCGAAUUUCAAUUUUGCCGUAUAUCUAGGUGGUCUUGCAGUAGCCUCAAUGCAUUCUCCCACUAUUCUGGGCUCUGCAAUGGCGUUUGUUGCAAUCUACAUCCCUGGCAUGGCUCUGGCCGUGGGGUUCCAAAGCUGCUGGAGUGUCUUGCGGAAAUAUCCACUAACAACAAGCUGUCUCAGAGGAAUGAACUCGGCUGCAGUAGGCCUGGUGUUCACCGCAGUGUAUCGCCUCUGGGAGAUCGGCUAUCUGAGCGCCAAUGCAUCACAGGGUCAAAGCCUGGGAAUGGAGCCCUUUUGGGUUGUCGUGGCGGCUAUAACCUAUGCUGAGAAUGCUUGGUUCAGAGUGCCCCCUGCUAUUGCCAUUGCUAUCGGUGGCAUAUUGGGCCUCUGCUGGUAUGCUGUCAUACAGCGAAAUAGUUGA